GGAAAAAGGAGUUGCUUAUGUUAGUUCCAUGAUAGCCAGACUGCAUGGUUUGUGUUGCACAGGUGUACUACGUAUUUAGUCCGGCGACAAAUAGUUGUUUGAAAGCUUUGGCUUUGUGCGAUUGGUCCGAUCUUCAGAAAACCCGCAGGAGCAUCGCCCGAACGUACUGCUCUCCAAGAUUUACCUCCCUGCAAUACGACAUCGUUGCCAACGUGGGUACCGAUGAAAUAUCGGCCUUUUUACAAGAAGUGGAAAAACUUCCAGUUAACGCGCCCGUCGAUAUAAAACCUCUAGUCUUGGCAGCGUGCGCUAACAUGUUUACGCAAUACAUGUGUUCGACAUCUUUUUCUUACGACGAUAAAGAAUUCCAGAAAGUUGUUAGGUAUUUCGAUGAAAUAUUUUGGGAAAUCAACCAAGGAUACGCGGUGGAUUUUCUUCCCUGGUUGCUGCCUUUCUACAAAAAUCACAUGAAGAAAAUUUCGCACUGGUCCACGGAAAUUCGUCAAUUCAUAUUGAGCCGAAUUAUUGAUAACCAUAGGGCGACAUUAGAUUACAAUUCACCGCCAAGAGAUUUCACUGAUGCAUUAUUAAUGCAUCUGGAAGACGAUCCCAACAUGAACUGGCAACAUAUUAUAUUUGAACUGGAAGACUUUAUCGGCGGCCAUUCGGCUAUUGGAAAUUUAUUAAUGAUGACCUUAGUGUCGAUUAUUCAACAUCCUAAUGUAGCUCAGCGCAUUCAACAAGAGGUAGAUGAGAUAACGGGCAACACGAGAGCUCCAAGCUUACUGGAUAAAUCAAUGAUGCCGUACACAGAAGCUGUGAUUUGGGAAACAUUAAGAAAAGCAUCAUCUCCAAUUGUACCUCACGUCGCUAGUACAGACACUGAAUUAUUCGGUUACAAUAUUCCUAAAGGAACAAUGAUUUUUAUUAACAACUACGAUCUUAACGUGAGCAAUGAUUACUGGGAGAAUCCCGAUCAAUUUUUGCCAGAAAGAUUCCUUUCUCCUUCUGGCAACGUAGUAAAGCCCAACCAUUUUAUACCGUUCAGUACAGGAAAAAGAACUUGUAUAGGACAAAGGUUAGUCCAAUGCUUUACUUUCAUUAUUCUGGCUACACUACUGCAGAAAUACGAUAUUACAGCUGGAGGGGAAAUUGAAAUAAAACCUGGAUGUGUAGCGGUACCUCCCGACUGUUUUAAGGUGAUCCUGAGUCCAAGAUCUUCUUGAAAAUUACGGAAGAGUAUCUAUUUAUGGUUUCUAAUAAGUCUGUUCUCUCAGCAGUUAAACUGCCUUUUGUUCCCGAUCGAGAUGAUGAUAUAGUCACAGCACUGCAUGUAUAUUACCUCUUUGUGCUUACAAAGCACACAGGCUCUACAUGGCCUUCAUCUACUGGCUGAAUACUGGCUGAAGACGAAGCCGUCCGGCUCCGUGCCAAACAUCACCGCCUUUUAUUAUUAUUUCUAUCAAUUAUUCAUUGUUUUUCCUUCAUUGUAUAUAUACAUCAUGUGAAUUUAUUGUAAAUUUUAUCAUGUAGUCUCUCCAGUGUUUAGUCUUUUAAUGAGACUGAAUAAAUUGUGUAUUUUUAUUACGAACUUAAAGUGUAUUAUUUUUCAUAUUUUUAUAAUUAUUCAUCUUAUUUCAAAAACUUCAAUAUUAUAAUAAUAUUUAAGUUUAUCUAAACCAAAUGAAAUCCUUUUUCAGGUGUAUUGCAUUCUUAGCAAGUUGUUUUACAAUACAUUAAUAUAUUAUUAAUUUAAAUUUAU